UUAAGUACUAUUUUAAAUUAAUAAUUAUUAUUAAUUGUAUUAAUUUUGAGUAUUGGAUGUUUACUUUUUGUGAGUUUCAGACUGCAUUACUGUAGUAUUACUUAAUGUGGCUCCUACUACAGUAGUAGCAAAGUAAAUAUUAAAUAAUAUCAACUAAUAACUAAAAUAUUUAGUGUCACUAGGUGAUUUCUAUAAUUAUUUAUCAUGGGUUGAAAUUGCAAAACUUUAAAAUGGACAAACUUACUGUUAUUUCGGGGACUUUGUUCUUGUUGGCUGAUGUAUUUGCAAUUGUCAGUUUGGCAAUGCCUGACUGGAUCAUUACUGAUGUAGGAGGCGACACCAGAUUGGGUUUGAUGUGGACGUGUAUGACCCUCUAUAACAGGCCACAAGUAUGUUUUACUCCUGAUCUGAGACUCGAAUGGUUAUUGGCUUUAGUCAGUAUUUUCAUUGGGUGUAUAUGUAUAACUACCACCAUCAUUUUGCUGGCAUCUUCACAUUGGGACCGUAAUGUUAUACCAUAUGCUCGUUGGGUGGGAUUUACUGCUAUGGUACUAUUUUGUUUUGCUGCCGUUGUGUUUCCCAUGGGUUUUCAUAUACCAGAGAUUGGCGGUCAACCAUAUCAACUACCAAACAGUCAUCAAGUUGGCAUUUCAUAUAUUUUAUUUGUAUUGUCACUUUGGGUAACUGUAAUAUCUGAGUUAUUUGCUGGCAAAGUGUGUUUACCCCAUUUUUAAAAAUAUUCAUACUACUAAAAUAAAUGAGGAAUAUUUGUUGUUUGUACUAUCAAACCAGAAUGCUAUCAAGUUUUGAAAGCUAAGAAAUAAGUUGAAUAUUAUUGGAAUAAAAUAUUGAUAUCCGUAUCAAGAUUGCUUUAAAAAAAAUUGGAACCAAGAACUCAUUGGAAGCUACAUAGCAGUAGUACCAAGAAAUCAUGCCAAAAAUACACAUUCCUAUCAGUUAAUUCAUUUUAAAAACAGAAAUAUACUUGUGAAUUUUAAAAGCAGAAUAUGUAAUUUUUAUAAUAUUAAAUAAUUUAAUAUGAGAAACAUUAAUUGAUUUUUGUAAUAAUUGACGUAAGUGUAAAAAUGUAAAAUUCAUGAAAUAAUAUAGUUUAUUAU